AUGGGAAAGUUUUGCCACGAGGAGAUCACUUCUUUACGUGCAAAAGUAGUGGCAUUAGAGGAGGACCUACAGAAAUCGCAUAAAGAGGCCUCUGAUUCUCAAAAUCUAUACCAACAAUUUGAAAAGGAACUGAAGGACCUUAAGGAUUAUGAGCAGCAAAUGAAGCCAAAGAGAAUAAAAGUGAUAUCUGAUUUGUUGAUCUCUCUCUCAAAAGCUGAGAGACAAGAAGCAAGGAUGAAAGUACGCCAGGAUUCCUUGAGACUUGGCAAUGUGGGUGUAAUCAGAACUGGAACUAUCAUAUCUGAGACAUGGGAGGAUGGGCAAGUGCUAAAGGAUCUCAACACUCAUCUUAGACAUUUGUUAGAGAUGAAGGAAGCAGUUGAGCGGCAGCGGAAAUCUCUUAAGAAACGGCAAUCAGAUAAGGGAGAUGGAACUGAAAUAGAAGCAGGAGUUCAAGAAGAAGAUUUUGUCAUUCAGGAUGAGAUUUAUAAAUCCCGAUUAGCUAGCAUCAAGCGUGAGGAAGAAACCUUAAUGCGUGAGAGAGAUCGCUAUGAACUAGAGAAGGGAAGGCUUAUACGUGAAAUGAAACGCAUACGAGAUGAAGAUGGUUCCCGUUUCAACAAUUUUCAAAUUUUGAACCACCGAUAUGCCCUCUUAAAUCUUCUUGGGAAAGGAGGAUUUAGCGAGGUUUAUAAGGUGGUGGUGGCUUUUGGAUGUAUAGUUGGGGGGUUUUGUGUGGAUGGGCAGUGUGUGGCACAGCCGCACAAGGUGGUAAUGGUGGUUAUAUGGGAAGGGGCUAGGACUGGCUUUUGGUGGGUGUUUGGUGGUAAAAUGGAUAAGGGAGAUGGAACUGAAAUAGAAGCAGGAGUUCAAGAAGAAGAUUUUGUCAUUCAGGAUGAGAUUUAUAAAUCCCGAUUAGCUAGCAUCAAGCGUGAGGAAGAAACCUUAAUGCGUGAGAGAGAUCGCUAUGAACUAGAGAAGGGAAGGCUUAUACGUGAAAUGAAACGCAUACGAGAUGAAGAUGGUUCCCGUUUCAACAAUUUUCAAAUUUUGAACCACCGAUAUGCCCUCUUAAAUCUUCUUGGGAAAGGAGGAUUUAGCGAGGUUUAUAAGGCUUUUGACUUGGUGGAGCAUAGAUAUGUGGCUUGUAAGCUUCAUGGUUUGAAUGCUCAGUGGAGUGAAGAUAAAAAGCAAAGUUACAUAAGACAUGCAAUCCGGGAGUACAACAUACACAAGACAUUGGUGCAUCAUCACAUUGUACGGCUUUGGGACAUUUUUGAGAUAGACCAAAACACAUUCUGCACUGUCUUGGAGUACUGUAGUGGCAAAGAUCUUGAUGCUGUUCUUAAAGCAACACCUGUAUUACCAGAGAGAGAAGCUAGGAUUAUUAUUGUUCAGAUAUUUCAAGGCCUCGUUUACUUGAACAAAAGAACACAGAAAAUCAUCCAUUAUGAUUUAAAGCCUGGUAAUGUUCUAUUUGAUGAGCUCGGUGCUGCUAAGGUCACUGAUUUUGGCCUUAGCAAGAUAGUGGAGGAUAAUGUUGGGUCCCAGGGCAUGGAACUUACGUCCCAAGGGGCUGGAACAUAUUGGUAUCUGCCUCCAGAAUGCUUUGAGCUGAGCAAGACACCUCUCAUAUCAUCAAAGGUUGAUGUUUGGUCAGCUGGUAUUCUAUUCUACCAAAUGCUCUUUGGUAGACGUCCAUUUGGACACGACCAGACCCAAGAGCGCAUUUUACGAGAAGAUACCAUUAUCAAAGCCCGCAAGGUGGAAUUCCCUUCAAGACCUGCUGUCUCAAAUGAGGCUAAGGAUUUUAUUCGUCGAUGUCUGACAUAUAAUCAGGCAGACCGGCCAGAUGUUUUAACUAUUGCGCAAGACCAAUACCUCACAUACACCAAAAAAUAA